AUGCAGUUCGAAUUGAGAAAGAUGCUCAACAUAAGUGUUACUGAUCCGGAAAUAAGCACGGGCAAAAACAAGAGCAAAACUGGUUCCACUCGAGCUACUGAAUCCUCAUUUUACAACUAUACUGAUCCUUGCUAUAGCAGCAGUACUGAAGAAUCAUUCAGGAAGCUGGAGCAGGAGGUUCCCAUGAGCGAGUCGGCGGAGCUAAGAUUGUCUUGGCUUCGCUCUCAAGUUAUCGGUGCUUAUGCAGAAUUCGAUUCUCCCUAUGGGAAACGACGACUCACUUACGCCGAUCACACUGCUUCCGGCCGCUCUCUGCACUAUAUCGAAAACUUCAUCAUCAACAAUGUUCUUCCCUUCUAUGGAAAUACUCACACUUGCGAGAGUUAUGUUGGUCGUCGGACAACAAAAAUGGUGCAUGAAGCAAGCAAGUACAUCAAGAAAUGCUUAGGAGGUGGAGAAGAUGAUGCACUCAUGUUUUGUGGUCAAGGCACCACUUCAGCAAUUAAAAGACUCCAAGAGGUGAUGGGCAUUGACAUACCAUCAAUUUUAAGAGAGAGGAUCAUAAACACUCUUGCCACCCAUGAAAGAUGGGUGGUGUUUGUUGGUCCCUAUGAGCAUCACUCAAACCUUCUUUCGUGGCGGGAAAGCCUAGCUGAAGUAGUUGAGAUUGGUCUAAAUGAUGAUGGCUUACUGGAUAUGGAGGAACUUACACAUCAACUCGAUUCAUUCAAACAUGCCAACCGACCAAUUCUGGGUUCCUUCUCCGCUUGUAGUAAUGUCACCGGAGUUUACUCGGAUACGCGAGCAAUUGCACGACUUCUUCAUCAAUAUGGAGGAUUUGUAUGCUUUGAUUAUGCCGCAAGUGGACCUUAUGUGGAAAUUGAUAUGAAGUCAGGGGAGAUAGACGGGUAUGACGGUGUAUUUCUUAGUCCACACAAGUUUGUUGGGGGUCCUGGUUCCCCUGGCAUUCUCCUAAUGAGCAAGGCUCUCUAUCAGCUCAGAUUUUCUCCACCAUCAACUUGUGGAGGUGGAACGGUUGAUUAUGUGAAUGGCUUCAGUGAAAAGGACACGUUAUAUUCGGAGAGCAUUGAAGAAAGGGAAAAUGGGGGAACACCUCAAAUAAUACAAACAAUUAGAGCAGCGUUGGCCUUUUGGGUGAAGGACUAUAUUGGUUAUGAAGUGAUAGAGAAUCAGGAGCUUGUCUAUGUCAAAAAGGCAAUGCAGAGGCUCGUCCCAAACAAGAACAUAAAGAUCCUGGGAAAUACAAGUGCCAGGAGACAAGCUAUCUUGUCUUUUCUCAUUUACUCAACAACUAAUAGUUCUACUUCAAAUUCAAGCAUCGGGUACUACAUGUGGAGUGAGACUGAGAAUGACAAAGUAGAGAACGCAAGAGAUAAGCUCCUCCAUGGCCACUUCGUUUCAGCCUUACUCAAUGACCUAUUUGGCAUCCAGGCUAGAGGUGGCUGCGAUUGCGCAGGACCCUAUGGUCACACUCUUCUUGGAAUAGAUGAGACUAAUUCGCAUGCCUACAGAUGUGCCAUACAGAAGGGUUAUGUGGGAUUUAAACCCGGAUGGACUCGAGUCAGUUUUCCAUACUACACUUCUAACGAUGAAUUCGACUUCAUCAUAGCUGCGUUGGAGUUUAUAGCAGCUUAUGGACAGAGGUUCCUUACUCUCUAUGACUUCAACUUCAAGAGAGGAAGCAGCUGGACUAUCAAGAAGAAGGCACUCCAAAGCCUACUUAAUAUUGGGAAAAAGAACUGCCAGUACAAACUUACACAAGAUAGCAAUCAUACAAAUGACGCAAAGAAAGAAGACGAGCUACUAAUCAGUAAAUUUGUGUCAUACAUGGAUACAGCUACGCACAUAGCAAAUCUCUUGCCCCAAUAUCCUCCUAACCGUUGCCUUCAGCAAGACAUAGACACCAACUUCUUGCCCUUCAGAGUCUAA